AUGGAUUCUUCAAAUUCAAAUGGUAAUAAUAUGGUUGAUCUCGAUGAUGUUUUAGAAAUGGAACAAAUGGUUUCUGAAAGUUUAACCAAUACUAAUAAUGGUAAUGAGAUCAGAGGAGAAACUUCUUUAGAAUUGGUUGAUAACAAUCAAAAUUUGCAACAUCAAAAUAUCGAAAAUAGUAUUCGCAGUGAAUAUGGACGAAAUAGUCAUAUAAUUCAAGGCAAUGAUGAACAUCAACUUCAUUCUUAUUUCGGUACGAAGCAGAAAGUACAACCUGUGGUGAAAAAUGUACCGGUGAGGAAAUUCACACCGAUUGGUGCAAAUGGGCCAAUACCACCUGAUGCUAAAGUUGUUAUGCUAAUGAAACCACGUGCACCUGGUGAGAGACCUACGUUUGUAAAGCUUGAACCAGUUAUUAAUAAACCAGGGAUAGGAAAUACAAUGGCACCAUCUCAACUGAACAAUGUACGUGCCGUUUCAACCGUUCCUGAACAACGUCAAUUGCGUAAACGGCGAAUACUUCCUCCAAUUGAGAAGAAAAAGCCAGAGGAACGCUUUAAAGUUGCAUCUCGGCGUGGUCGUCCACCCAAAGAUUCAGAAGAACAAUGUCCCACCAAAAAACUUAAAAUACAGUCAGCUGACGGUGAAGGACAACUACAAGAAGAUGUUAAAGCUGAAGAAUCAGAACAAAAUUCUCAGGACUUGGUUAAUACCGACCAAAUGGAAGAAAAUUUUAAUAGACCAAAAAGGGCCCACAAAGCGCCACAACGAUAUGGUGAUUUUUAUGAAGCACCAUCAACACAAGAACCUACUGGAGAUGGAGAUGUUGAUUUUGAAGUCGCUGGUGAAGAGGUCGUUGAAGAAACACAAGCACCGAAUAGUAGAGAGGAUAGUAGAGAAAGCACUACCACGAAACAGAAAUCUUCGACAAUUAGACAGACUGAAGACGAGGAUGAUAGAGAUUAUGAGGAAGAAAGCACCGAAGUUGCUGUAUCGGAUGAUGAAAUCGGUGAAGAAGAAGAAACUGGUUCACGAGAGGAAAUGAAUAUAAAUAACAAAGAAUACCAUAAAUAUGUCAAGGGAAAAUUGGCCAAAGGUAAACUGCAGUGUGAUCGUUGUUUUCGUUUCUUCGCUAAUCAUAACAGUUUAAAUGCACAUCGAUUCAAAGUUCAUAAAAUUAUCAUAAGGGCAUCAGUGAAAUGUCCCGGCUGUGACCAUAAAGCAACCACAAUAAAUUCAUUAAAUGAGCAUGUCGCAGAUGUACAUAAUGUGAAACUUCGUUAUAUUAAAAGAAAAUUCAAAACUGUCAAUGAGUUUCAGCACUUUUUGGAUGAUUUGGCAGCAACACAAAAUAUGGCUUUUGUUCGUCAUAGAAAAUCUGAAAAUAAACGACAUUUGUAUUGUAAUCGUUCCGGUGCAGUGAGAGUCACCGCAGAUCGACAUAUUAGAAACAGGCCUCGUAAAGGAUCGGCAAAAAUCGGCGCAAUGUGUCCAGCGCAUUUCUUUUACACUGAAUGUGAAGAUGGAUCAGUCGAAGUGGAAGGACAAAUGACACACUAUGGGCAUACUCUCGACCCCCGUUUCGUUUUUCCUGCAACAAGCACUGAUAAAGUUACCGAGCGUAUGAAACCUUCAACUUCGAAAAGGGCUACAAUGCAGUCAAUGUAUGGACAAAUUCCUGUUGAUCUUGAAGGUGGUAGAAAUUUAAAUCAGAGCGAAAAUAUUGCAAACACUAAUACAGAAGCACGACAGGGAGAAGAGGAUAACGAUGAGGAAGAGUUAAGGCGAAUGGAGGAGGAAGAGCGUUACGAAGAAGAACUAGGGCCAGUCCACCCAAAAGCGGAAGAAAUCGGUAUCCGAAUGAGAAACAUUGAUCGCCUCUGUACAUUUUUAUUUGAGAAUAUUUCGGAACAGCUUUAUCGAUUAGAUGAUUCUACGAUGGAUAUUUUACUUCGAUCGCUUCGGACAACACAAAAUUCGGUGUCCAAUUUGAACAGUAUGAUGAUCCAAAUCAAAGAUGGUGACCCUGAUAUAGUUAAAAAAUUCCAGCGUCGUGGUCCGAAGGUCAAUGAUUGGGUUGGGAACUUUGGAUCCGGAAGAUUGCGUUCUGAUUUGCGCCGGCGUCAAAAACAAUACUAUGAUACUGACGAUUAUGAUGAAGAUACGGUCUACUAUAGGCAUGUUCCUCUACGUGCAAGUGAUAUUAAUAAUGCGUAUAUCAUGGAUGAUCUGGAAGAUGAGGAAGAAGAAGAAUUUUUAGGUGAAUUUUAA